AUGUUCCUUCGCCAGCUAGACUUGACUACCGCGCUCCGGCCAUCUCUAUAUGAUGAUGAAACGCUUCUUUUUGUCCAAGACGAUGUUGGACUCUACGAAGGCAAAUACAAGAUUCCCAGCUAUCAGAAUGGACAUGCCUAUCUCACAUCACACCGCGUGUGCUACAUUGACAAGGAUGAGCCGAGAAAGUUCUCCGUUGCCAUAGAUCUCAAGGAGAUUGAGCGGACAGAGUUCUACGCUGGUUUUCUAAAAUCCUCUCCGAAGAUUACACUCUUCCCAAAGGCCACUAGGAGACCAAUCUCGAGCAUCAAGAGCCCGGCACCUCGAUAUGCAUCACCAAGCGAUGCGUUAGUCGGACCUACUAAUUCCUCGCCACGUUCGACAACUCAAUCUCAAUCUCCUGCUCCGGCGAGAGAUGUGAACGCGACGUGGAUCUGUUCGAUUUGCGGCCUGUCAAAUCCUGUACCUGCCAACUUCGAUCCACAAACAGCCAACCAGCACACUCCACUUCCGCCAUGCCAGGCAUGCGGUAUUCCACCUCCAUUGGUGACAAUGGUUCGAGCCGCGAUUGCAGCAAUGUCCAAUCGUCCUAGUGCGGCGAUACUCCAGUCAAGUUUAAUGGAAGCUGUACCACCAACAGCUGCUUUGGACAAGUCAACCACAGCGACAUUGUGUCCAAGAUGCACAUUUCAGAAUCAUCCAUCUCUCUCUGCAUGUGAGAUUUGCGGUGCUUCUCUACAAGCUGCAGCUAGGCGCCGUUCACAACUUAUCGAGACAGAAGUYCAACGUCCAGAAUCUCCUGGGCCAAGUUUAUCUACCCCAACUAUCGUGGGAGAUGACACAAUCGAGACAAUCAAAUUCUCGUUCCGAGCAGGUGGUGCWAAGACCUUUUCAGAGAGGCUGGAAGGCGCUCUCGUGCAGAGAAAGUGGUUGCUACAGAGUGCACCGCCGGUCCCAAAUACACAGACUCCCCCUCAAUCGGGCGGUUUCCUUACUUCUACAGACGGUCUGCCCCAAGUCAGCACACCCAAGCGGAUCGUCGGCAUCGCAGGACUUGAGCAGAGAGGUGCGGCGUUACGUCAAAACAAUCAAGCAGUCAUUGGCACCGCGUUUGAAGAUCUCGAAGCUUUGAUGACCUCCGCAAAAGAGGUCAUCAAAAUGGCCGAGCAGUUCGCCAGACAGGCUAAUGGGAGCGCCGAUGGAGAGACAAGAAGAAUCAUCUCAGAUUCGGCUUCUGCACUCGGGCUUGUGACGACGAAGGAUAUGCUGGGAACUGGCUCUUCAGCAGAACAGCUUUAUGUGACGGAGCUGUCGAGAGACCUGGCAGAAUUUCUCACCGAUGAUAGAAAAGGUAUAUUGAGGAAGGAAGGAGGCAUCAUGUCCUUGGUGGACCUGUGGCAGGUCUUUAAUCRGACUCGCAACGGCAUCGAGCUUGUCUCACCUCUAGACUUCGAGAAGGCAGCCAACAUGUGGGACACAUUACGUCUGCCAAUCCGGCUUCGUCGCUUUCGCAGUGGUCUGCUGGUCGUCCAAGAGAGGAGUAGAACAGACGAGAAGACUAUUGCGAGCUUGCUGGCAUGGUUGAGGGAACCACAGUACCUUUUUCCGCCGCCGGAAGAUGACACUCUUGGUCGCUUAUUUGGCAGAGGUGUGACUGCCCAGGAAACUGCAGAGCGCUUCGGCUGGAGCGUUGGUGUUGCUACAGAAGAGUUGGAGAUGGCCGAGGAGACCGGAUCGAUCUGCCGAGAUCAAUGCCUGGAUGGGACACGCUUCUGGGACAAUCACUUCAUACAAGAUGGCAAUAACGCAACCUCAGAUUUCUGA